CGGCGUGUGUGUGAACGCUAUUUCUACCCGGCAUUUUCUAUCCCAUCAUUCCACGUGAUCGUAUCAUGUGGGCAGCAGUGAGCGGUGCUAGUGCUCGUACUGACGACAUAUGUUUAUUUCAUCUUUCAUUUUUACCGUGGUCUGAAUUAAUUUAUUAAUUAACCGUAAAUCUGUUAACUGUGCGAUUGUGACGUGAUGCCGAAAUCGAAAGCUAGUACAAAGGCGGUAUCUGGAUCUGGAGGGGCUCACUGGAAGGAUGAAGAAGUGUUAACCCUCAUAAAUGUAUGGGGAGAAGAAGAGAUUUUCCGUGAAACGGAGGACACGAGGAUGAAGAAGAAGACGGUGUAUAUUGAAAUAAGCAGACGCUUGGAAGCGAUCGGAAUUUUGAGAGACGUGUCCCAAAUAAAAUCAAAAAUCAAAAACUUGAAAUGGGAGUUUAAGCUGAUCCUUAAACAGAACAACAAGUCGGGCAACGACGGAAAAACAAUGAAGUUUUACAACGAACUGAACAGUUUCCUUGGACACCGACCGGCCAACAACCCUCCAAGUGGCUCAGUUUUGGAGACAGCGACGGUGUCUAGCCCUGACACUCCUGGUACUAGUACCAGCGACACCAGUGAUAUGGAGAGUGAAGUCAGCAUUAACACAAGUAGAGAGAUUGAAGAAGAGGUGGAGGAAGCACCCCAGCGUCAGGGCGAGGCUGAAGACAAUCAACCACCUGCUCCCAAAAGGAAAAAAGCGUCGCCAAGGGACAGCAGUGUGAAGAACCUCAUUGAGAAGAUGAUGAGAAGCAACCAUCAGCGGGACAGAACUGCAGUUAGAGCAGAUGCUGAAAGAAGACGCAGUGAGGAGGAGGCACCGACACGAGAUGGAUCUGUAUCGAGAGCAAAUGUGUCUGGAGAGGGAGCGGUUGGAAUUCGACAGAGAGUGUCGACAAAGAGCAAGUGUGCUUAA